GCGUAUCGUGAUCAAAUUGUAGAAAAUUUGCAUAAAUUAGUGCAAAACUUGACUAAAAUCCGGCCUAAACUGUAUCACGAAAGUAUACACACUAUGUGCUCUAGUAGUACACUGAGAAUAAUGCUCUAAACGGCGACCGAAAGGCGAACUUCGUCCGAUUCGUUCCGCAUGCUCUUUCAGUGAAGUAAAUACAUAGUCGUCGAGAAAAUUAAUUAAAAUUCAUCUACGAAAUGCCCAAUAUUGUUCAGCGGCUGCUGGUACAGCGAAGUCAUUUGUUUUCAUUGACUGCGGGUCAUCGAUGCUUUCAUCAGACGGUCCCAAAACGGCAUUCAUCCGGGCCGCCCAAGCUGUCGCCUUACGAUGUAAUAUGUCAUUUCACCAAGGAGACAACGGUGAUGUUUACGCUUUUCAUAUUCACUUAUUUAUUUGCGGUGAGAAACAUUGAUUGUUUGAUCAUCUUUAAAAUCAACAAAUUACACCGUACGUUGGUGGAUGUUGUUGGUAUUAAUAAUGCUCUGGUAAACUGUGUCCUUCGUGCCAACGAAUAUACGCAAGAGUUCGUGGGGAGUUCGGUCAAAAGUUACGACACAAACCAGUUGGCAUCAAAUUCACCAAUCGAGGACUCGCGCAGUGAAGGCAGUUGUGUACAUACAUCCGGCCUAUUGGUUGGCAUCUUCGAUGGUCACGCUGGUGCGGCAUGCUCUCAAGUUAUCAGCAAGCGAUUGAUGCGUUACAUAGCCGCAUCGCUGGUUCCUCCCGACGAUCUGAAGCAGCACAUCCAGAACGGGGCACAGAGCCACUCGUUCAUCAACUGCCAUAACGAUAAGCUUGAAUUUGUCAGUGAAAUCAAGGAUCUCUAUGAACGUAAUUUCAACAUCUUUGCUAAUGAGCUUACGAACACCACGCUGGCUGGUUUUCAGAUGCAUCAGGUUUUGGAAAACGCUUUUCUCCGUUUGGAUCAGGAUUUGUCCCGGGAAGCCAUCGAGAAUCCUAGCUUGCGAACAAUGUCUGUGGCAAUGAGUGGUGCUGUUGCUGUGGUAGCUCACAUUGACGGACCACAUCUGCAUAUAGCUUCCGUGGGGGAUUGUUCUGCUGUUCUGGGAACCGUCACUGACACAGGUCAAUGGACCGCUAAAAAGUUAACUAACGAACACAACAGCGACAACGUUGCAGAGGUCCGUCGGUUGCUUAAUGAACAUCCAGCUACGGAACGGGAUACCGUUAUUCGAGGAGAACGUUUGCUCGGUCAGCUGGCUCCUCUACGUGCUAUUGGCGAUUUCCGGUACAAGUGGACCCGCCAGCAGCUGCAGGAGCUUGUAGUGCCUCAGUUUGGUGAACAGGUGAUAGCUCCGUUUUAUCUUACUCCACCAUAUUUGUCAGCCUGUCCGGAAAUUACUCACCAUAUGCUAACACCUCGGGAUAAAUUUUUGAUUCUCGCCAGCGAUGGCCUUUGGGAUACCAUGAGUCCGAUGCAAACCGUCCAUUUGGUGGGUGAGCAUAUGUACGGCAAAGCUUUCCUCCAACCACUCAAACUACCGAAACAUGAUGUAACGUUCGGCGAAAUCAGUCAAAUGCUUAGUACUCGCAAAGCAGGCCUCCAGAAGAAACCGCUCGAUCGCAAUGCAGCGACUCACCUGAUUCGGAAUGCACUGGGUGGAACCGAAUAUGGCGUAGAGCAUUCUAAGCUGUCGCACAUGCUUUCUCUACCUCAGGACAUUGUUCGAUUGUUCCGAGAUGACAUCACAAUAACCGUGGUCUUCUUCGAUUCAGAAUACCUACGCAACUGCCCCACCUAGCAGCGAAGGUCACUUUCGCUGCCACAGACCAAGAGCCUCGCCUUAAGCUCGGCAGUGGAUGCCGCGGGAUGACAAUAAUCAACAUUCAGUCAGAAGGGCCGCAGUACUUUUGCUAAGGCUGUUAUCACAAGACCUCAGAAGCAUCCUCAGGUCGGCGACUGUUCAUAAGCACAUGUAACGAAGGAGUAAAGACACUUGGUUCUCAUCUGUCGUGGAUUACUGUAUAUCUAUAGUUGAAUAGCUAGCGUGUGUACAUAAACUUGCUUUUUCAGAAUCUUUUGUACGUGUUAUUUUCGCUCAAUAUAGAUAUCUAUAUUUAACAAGCCGUUUAAAGACGAUGAAGAAUAAAAGUCGCUGCAUGCUAAUGCACAUUACGAAGUCGACAAAU